AUGACCAUGGAUUUUGUGGUUGACUCACCAAUGGAUUGCCGGCGCUGUCUUUUUGGCACGUUAGAGCUCAGUGAGGAGAAUAUUCUCAUGGUCAUAGCAGCUUGCUGCAUGCUGCGUAAUAUUGGUGAUGUCAAGGGGAAAAAGUUUCCCCAGAACUGGAGUGCUGAGGUGGAUCACCUAAUGGCUGAUUUUGAGCAGCCAGAUAUCAGGGGAAUUAGAGGAACUUUAGGGGAACUAUACGUGAAUCAUAAAAGUGGAAUAUACCUCUUUCUCACUUUCUCUUGGCAAGCAAACAGUACUGCAGGAACCCAAGACAAUGGAAUGCCUAGAGGCUCAAGUCAGGGUCUAGGGCUCUAUUGUGCUAAAUACACAGUGAACCUCCACUCUCCAAAAGUUUCCAUUUUAAAAUCCAUUAAGAGUUUUAUUAACCAGAAGAACAAAUUAGCAAUGGAAUCUGAACAAGAUAGGAAAGAGAUGGAUGACAACUUCCUCAGUCCCAGCGGGGGCCUGAACUGCGUCCCCCUCCCGGCCAGAGCCGGCUCCAAGGAGCCCCCGGCCCCAGCCGGGAGCAGAGCGGCGGAGCCUGCAGGGAAGCCCCCCGCCGCGCCCGGCUCCCCGGAGGAGGAGAAGGCGGCGGCGGCCAAGGGGAAAAGCUCCGGUCCCAGCUCCAGGAAGGGGAAGGGGCAGAUCGAGAAGAGGAAGCUGCGGGAGAAGAGGCGCUCCACAGGUGUGGUGAACAUCCCCGCCGCCGAGAGUCUAGAUGAGUAUGACGAUGAUGAAACAGGACAGAAGGAGCGAAAGAGGGAAGAUGCUAUUACACUACAGAAUACAGUGCAGAAUGAAUCUGUGAAUGUAGACCCAGGUGGCUCAUAUCUUAUACAGGAAUCCUCUAGGACAGUUUCAAGCAGAUAUAAAAGUGCAACGAACACCCCUGAAGAUGAUGUUACAAAUCGAUAUUCCCGAGCAGACAGAACAGGAUAUAGCAGAUACAGCAGGGAAGCAAAUUCUUCUGGAAAUUCUGUAUCAAGCAGUGCUCUGGAAAAGAGGAUUGAAGAACUUGAAAGGGAACUAGCCAAGGAGAGGCAAGAAAAUGUAAGAUUAUUGAGGAUGACACAGGACAAAGAGGAUCAAAUUGGGAAAUUGAAGGAAGAAAUUGAUUUAUUAAACAGAGACCUAGAUGAUAUAGAGGAUGAAAAUGAGCAAUUAAAGCAGGAAAAUAAGACCCUCUUAAAAGUUGUUGGACAGCUGACAAGGUAGAAGAUUCACAUCUCAAUGGAGAAGAGAGAGAGAUUUAAACACUACUGAUUGAAUGUUAAAGUCAAUACUAUAGUAAUACUUCCUGUGUUACAGGUUACUAAAAUAACCACGUCUUUAUAUUUAUUACUAGGAAACCAGAUGGAUGUUUAUUUUCAUAAUGCAUUCUUUUUCAUUCAAGAAAAUGACAUCAACUUCUUUGGGUAUUUGUAACCCAAACUUUCACACCAAGAAUAAUUAACAAUUGUGACACCUUACAAAAACAUUAAAUUCAUGGUGGUUGUAUUGUCUUCUGACUAUCUAUAAUCUGGUUAUAGUCAUUUAAAAAUCAGAGCACCAGGAUCACUUUUGGUCAUGUUGGGUGUAUAUUUUUUUUCUUGAGUGAAAUGAAGCAAUAAUAAGCUUUGUUUACACAGAUCCAAAAUAUAUAUUUGGGGAGAUAUAUGCAUUUAGUUUCUACUGCUAAGUGUAGAUGCCUUAUUAUUGAUGUGUAACAUUUUACUGAUUGAGUACUUCUAAAAUAGAAAUCUUGUAUGUUGAGCAUUUUUUACUCUGAAAGAUUGACAGUGAUUGACUUAGCAAUUUUUUUCUGUACAGUUGUCUCGAGGAAAAGUUUUUAUUAAAAAAAAAAAAAUCAAUAAACCACCCGUAGUUACCAACAUUAACUUGUUUUGUGAAUGUCUAAGUUGUGCAUUAGCAAUGAAAUGCAAGUUUACUAUCCUACAGUAAGUUUGUUUUGUUUGUUGAGAAUAUAAACAAAGCCUGGAGCUUUCAUUUUGCGAGAAUAUUAGAACACAAUUAUGUUUAAAUAUACCUAUUUGAAAUAUUUAGUGCUCAUAAUAAAUGUGAGUUUCAAGGGUUUUUUAAGCUGUGAUACAGCUUGUUUGCUAAUGUAUAAAAUGGAAGUUUCAUAAAUUAUUUAGGCCCUUGAAAAGCAUGAAGUAUGCAACAUACAGUAAAAACAUUCAGACUUGGUUACCAAUAAUGUGCAUGAAAAUUAAAGCUUGCAUAUACAGUUUAUUUUAACCACUUAGGGCAAUGUGCUCAUACUGUUUUUAGUGGAAGAUGACACUUUCAUGAUGUAUAAACCACUGUUUUCAGUCCCAAAUAAUUCUGGCCUAAAACUUCUUGGCUAGACUGAAAUUCAUGCUUGGAUUUUUCUUGGUAGGGCACAACUCACCCCUGAUUUGCACAAAUAUGUAAGUUUGUUAAGUUACAAAAUCAGAUAUAAAACCUUCCUGACAUUGACAAUUCUUCCUCUCAUAAAGCAAAUAUACAGAAAUAUACAGUUUGAAAAUUGUACCAAGUAGUGUAGCUACAGUUUUUGUUGCCUUGAAAUACAAAGAUAACAUUAAUACAUAAUGAUGGCCAUCUAAAAAAGAUUUACCCAUAGCUUCCAUUUUGAAUUAAAUAUUCUUUAAUGAGACUAAGGAAUUCUUGAAUUUUCAAAUCCGGGAAUUAUCAUUCUAAAUUGGAAGCUUUUGGUUUUGUUCUGAAUAUUGAACACGUUACCCUGCCAUGUUUUAUAUUCUGACGAGAGAAAAGAGGUUGAAUGCUUAAGUAGUACUGCAUAUUACAUUUUCGUUUGCACAAGUGAGCAGUAAUCUGUAUCAGCAGUAAGUACUUCAUUUGAUCACUUUUACAAAAUUGGAAAUUUAAACAUAUAAGGGGCAAAUCUUGAUAUAAUAUUCACACAUUUAAGUGGGCUUAGUAGAUCUGAAACAUAACAUUGAAACUUUCUUUGAAAUAGCAUCUAGCUUUCUCUCUCCAUUUAAUCUACAGGCAAAACUUAAGACCUUGCAGAGUGACCUUCCAAAUUUAUAUUUGAUGCAUUACCAAGAGGAUUAGAUGCUUAAUGUCAUACUGUGAACAUAGAGACUAUAAUGUUAGACUAUGUCUAGACUACGCCAAAGUUCUGAAAAAGGAUAUGCAAAUUCCGUGGGAAUUUGCAUAUCCUCUUUUGGAACUUAGGUGUAGUCUAGACAAGCCAUUAGAUAUAAGCACUAUUAUAAAGUAGAUAUUUCUAAACUAUAUUUCACAUAGAAUCACAGAAACUGUAGGCCUGGGAGGGAUCUCAGGAAGUCAUCCCUGUGCGGUAAUAAGACCAAAUAUAGUUACAUUAUCCCUGAAAAUUGUGCGUUGGACCUGUCCAAAAAAAGCCAUCCAGUGAUUGAUUCUACAGCUUCCCUUGGGGCUUAUUCCAGUGCUUGACUAUCUUUAUAGUUAGAAAGUAUUUCCUUGCAUCAAACCUAAAUUUUCUUGCUACAGUUAAAGCCCAUUGCUGCUUGUUCUAUUUUCUGUGGGACACAAAGCAUUUGAUAACCAUCCUUGUUAUAACGGUAUUCAAAUGUGUUACAGACUGCAAUAUUAGGUCACCCAUCAUGUGUCUUUUCUCAAAACUAAACAUUCCCAUUAUAUUAACCUUUCUUCAAAGGUCAAAUUUUCAGAAUCUUUUAAAAUUUUGGUUGCUGUCCACUAGACCUUUUCCAGUUUGUCAACUUAUUUCUUAAAGUUCUGGGUACCACACUGGACACAGUAUUCCAGCUGAGGUCUUACCAAUGAGUAAAGUGGGACAGUCACCUUCUAUGUCUUAAAUGUAGUAUACCUGUUAAGGCGCCACAUAAUAGCAUUUUUCACAACUGCAGCUAUGUCUAGACUAUGGAGUUUUUCCGGGACACCAAGUAUCACAGAAAAACUCUGUCGCAACCAGAGAACGUGUCUGCUCUUCUGACAUUUUUUGCAGAAGAGCAGAUGCACUCUUUCGGAAACCUUGUCUUCCUUGUUUCAUGAUGAAGGGCUCUUCUGAAAGAGGAGGUUUUUCCAAAAUUUAGCCCGGUGUAGAUGGGCUAAAUUUCGGAAAUGCCUCUUCCGACAGAACUAACGGAAAAAGGCACGCAAGUUGCAGAGCAUAAUUUGCAUACCUUUUUCUGCUAAAAAGCGACAGUCUAGACGUAGCCUGCAUGAAAUUGUUGACUUAGUCAUUUGUGAUCCACUAAGCCCCCAGAUACUUUUCAAAAGUGCCUACCCAAAUAUUCCCUAUUUUGUAGUUGUGUAUUUGAUUUUUUUUCUUCCCAAGUGUACAUUUGGCACAUGUCUUUACUUUAUCAUACUAAUGUUCCAGUUGAAGGUCAUUUAGAAUUUUAAUUCUUAUCUCCAACUCCUCCCAACUUGGUAUCUGCAGAUUUGUAAAAUAUACUCCACUUCUUUAUCAAAGUCAUUAAUGAAAAUUUUGACUAUUAUCAGAUCCAGGACAGACCCCUACAAGAUCCUAUUAAAUAUGUCCCCACCGUUUAACAACCAAUAAUUGAUAACUACUCUUUGGAUUAUUAUUUUUUCAAUCAACUGUGAACUCAACUUAUAAAAACUUUAUCUAGGUUACAUUUCCUUAAUUUAAUCAUGAGAAUGUCCUGUGGGAUUUUUAAAAGCCUUAUUAAAAUUAAGUUGUAUCAUAUCUACAACUCUUCCCCACUCCAUUAAGUCAGUAACCCUGUCAAACAACUAUAUUUGAUUGGUUAGGCAUGAUUUGUUCUUUACAAAUCUAGGCUAGCUAUUACUUAACCCUAUUAGCCUCAGUGUGCAUAGGAAUUGCUUAAUAAUUAGUUCCAAUAUUUUCCAGGUAUUGAAGUUAUACUUAUUGGCCAAAAAUUACCGGGAUCCUCUUUGUUCCCCUUUGGUAUUAUGUUUUUCUCUCUUCUGGGACCUCUCACCCUUUGACUGAUAUAAAAUAGGCAUUAAACACUUCAGUUUUCUUGAUGUCUGUUAUUAGCUCUCAUUCCCUGCUAACUAGAGAACCUACAUUUUAUUUCCAUUUUCUCUUGUUUCCUGUGUAUUUAUAAUACCUCUUAUUGUCUUAUGUCCCUUGUCAGGUGUAGCUCAUUUUGUGCCUAAGCCUAUAUGCUUGUGCUAUUCUUUUCUUACUCAAUUAAUUCUUCAGGUUUCCAUUUUUUAAUAGGUUUUUCUUUUGAUUUUUAGGUCAUUAAAGAGCUAUUUGAGGGAGCCAUAUUGGUCCCUUACUAUUCUGAGCUUUCCUUCUCAGCAGAGUAGUUUAUUGGUUUGUCUUUCAUGUUGUUUAGAUAAUUGUGUGUGUUUAGCCCAUGAAAGAACAACAAAACAAAUGGAUUUUUUUUUGUCAUUACCUCUUCAUAAAUUAACCAUUAUUUUUGUGAAAAAGAAUAGUUGAAGUUCACAUUGUUUUUCACUUUGACACAUGUUAAAUUUGAGGGAGUUUUUUUUUUAAUGGUAUGGGAGAUGUAUUUACAAUAGACUUUCCUGGGAACUUCUGAAGUCCAAAUUCUAGAAUGGUUGAAAAUUUAAAUAAAUUAAUAGAGAUUGCCUAUUUCCUAGAACUGGAAAGGUCAUCAAGUCCAGUCCCCUGCCCUCACAGCAGGACCAAGUACCAUCCCUGACAAAUUUUUGCCCCAAAUGACCUCCACAAGGAUUGAACUCACAGCCCUGGGUUUAACAGGCUAAUGCUCAAACCACUGAGCUAUCCCUCCCUCCAAAAUGACAGCACUUCUGCUCCAGAACAGUGCCUUCAUUUAGUGUGGUGCCUUAAUACAAAUUAAGGGAGUUCAGGCAGAAAGCUGGAUCUGUAUAAAUACACGUCAUACGUUGCAUGAUCUUAAUGUUCUCACAAACUGCACCAUAACACUCUUUAGCUGACAGUUCUAUAGAUCUUAAAUAUUUCUGAGGAAAAGUAUUUCAACUACUGCAAUAGUUUAUGGUAAUUUUCUGUAAUAUCAGUCUCUUGGCAGAAGUUUGGUAGUCUCUUACUAUAAAAAAUGAUUCAGUACUUAGACUGCUAAUAUUUGUCUUGCUAUUACCUUUUUAUCUUAGGGUCUCUUAAGAUACAACAAGCUUCCAACUACUCUAGCAGAAGGACUUUUUUGUUGACCCUUUACAGUUUGUUUACUUUCUCCUACCUAACUACUUAUUGCUGGAUUGCUCGGAAUUAAUGUAAAUGUGGGCGAUUUAAAACAUUAGGGACAUUGAAAUUGAGUAAUAUCUGAAUAGUUCUUGAAGUGAAAACCUCCCUCAUUUGGGAAAGGUGUAAGUUUUAAAAAACAAUCUGGAUAUUUUUGUAGUAAGGUGACAAUGUGCAAGAGGUUUUGGGUUCACUAAUGUUCUGAUGUUGUUCAAGUAAAUUUGUGAGAUUUCUGUACUUUCAUCUCUUAAAAAUGGGACCAAACUACACACACUGAAAAUUUAUUUAAAAAAAUACUGUAAACCUAGUUACCUUGGGAAACUUUAACAGAUGUUUGUGUAGGCGAUUAAUAAAAUUAACAGGGAAGAAAUUGCCUUUAUCUUAUUUUCAUAAUGAAUGCCACAUGAUAUAUUCCAUAAUGGAUGAGCUGCCAGGCAUUAAUUUGUAUUAUCUUGAUGAUGCAUUAAGAGGUUUUUGUAGUACCACUAUGACUGUCAAGUUCUGUUGAUUAGCAGAUAUGUCCCAAGACCUUAAACUUAAAAUAGCAUGUGGAGAUACUGACCGUGAACAGUGUACAUUAAUGUUUUUGGGUUUUUUCUGAAGGCAGGAAAUUAAUAGUGCAUAAAGAUUUAUAACCUUUUAAAAUAAUCAAAACAGCUUUUUAAUUUUCAAAAUAAUUUAUCUGUCAUCCUUAAACUUUAACAUUACUCGAGGGUCUUUUUAACCCGAGAAACGCAGCCUAUAUUUGAAAAUUGGUUCUUAUGUCUUAAAAGCCAGAAGUUUUUCCUUUCUGUAACCAGGUUUUGGAUCACACAUUUAGAAACAUAAAUUGUAAUUUUUUUCUUCAGAUGGACAUUGAAUUUUAGGCGGUUUGGGGAGAUGAAUUAAUUGAUAACAAAUGUAUCCAUUUUGGAAUAUAUAGCUUAGAAACAGGAAAUAAAGUGAUAGCUGAUAAUUUAGCAAUUUGUUUCUCAAUUACUUAUGCUGAGAACUAGCUAAAGUGAAAAUGACUGGCAUAAACCUCAUUCCAUAAAAUAAAGAGAUUUUAAUAUAGUUCAAUAGAGCUGCUUUUAAUUUGUAUUGAGUUGUGUUUUGGUUUACUUAAUAUACAGAUAACAUGGAAAUUGUGCAGUUGUAAGAGAGGUCAGUGGGGAAGGCAGGAGAUUUCAUUACUUUGUAAAAGGCACUGCUGGUAUAGAGAUGUAGGCUUUUUUUCCUACAAAAUAGGAAAAUAAUUUCAUAAUAGCAGCCAAGUAGAGAAGUGGUAAUGGGGGACACAGAUGAAGCAAAUUUACUUUUAAAUGUAGGUAUAACUAUCUUGUAUUUGCCUCUCAGUAUUUCUUGAGUUCAAAGACUUCUCAUGAAGAUGUCAGUUAUAUCAAUGCAUUUUCAUCAGUAUGAAAUAAUAAUCUAGACAGCUGGCAUCACCAGCAAGUAAAAUAGCCUUUGUCAUGGGGUAGAACUGCCAGAGCAAAGAGGGGUUUUUUCCAACUCAUUCAGAUGAGAAAUAACCUUUAAAAUGUUAACAAUGAUGGUAAUUAACUAUUGGAACAAUUUAGCAAGGGUUGUGGUAGAUUCUCUAGAACUGGCAAUUUUUAAGUAGUGUGGCUUUUUCUAAAAGAGAGGCUCCAGUUUCAACAAAUUGUCAGGAAAUUUCUAUGGCUUGCUGUGCUGGAGGCCAGAGAAGAGGUGCACUGUGGACCUGUAUGUGUAGAUACCUACACAUGCAGUAAAUUCACAGUCUUAAUCAGGUAAUGGAAAGGAAAGCAUAAGAAUGUUUUCCAACUUAAACAUUUUAUUAUAGCAUUCCUACCAAUAGUAAAAAAAUAAACAAAUUGACUACUGGAUGCUGUCAGUUAACUUGAAGCGGUAAAAGAAAAUUUCCAUACCACUAUACUUAUACUCCCAGUCAAUUUUGGUAUCAAUACAUGUGUUGACAUCACUUCUGCCUUUAAGCCUUUAUGUAGAACCAUUUAUAAUAUGCAUGCUGGACACAAAUGAUGUAACUAUGAAGCUACUGUACCAAGUCAUUAUUUUAAAGUGUGUUAACUUACAAUAACUUUUUCCAUAUCACAAUGUAGGUCUUUCUCCUUAUGUUGCAACAGAUGUACAUUAUUCUGCUAAUUUAUUCUUGUUGCUUUUAUUCUUGUCUCUUUUGGUGUUCUGUUCAGGGUUGUGGUUCAAUGUGGUGGGUGGGUGGAAGAAGGCAAUACCCACUACAUUUUUCACUUUAAAAUGUCAGUCGUAAUCCAAUUAAAAUUUAUGUACAGUCAUUUUAAAAUAUAGCUGUUACAUGUAUUUAAAACAUUGAAUCAUUACUUAGUUAUAAAGAACUAUUUUGAA